UCUCAGGGCGCAUGCGCAGCUGCAAGAAUGGCUGGUAAUCAUUGGAGGGCCGGUGGCAGGGGGCGGAGAGCUCCUGUGUCUGGUUUUUGGCGGGAAUUGAAACCGCCGCUGUUGCCCACAAGAACUUGAAAGCUGCGAAUUUUCAGCCUAGGAGGGGGCCAUGGUGCGGCCUGUGAGGCAUAAGAAACCAAUCAAUUACUCACAGUUUGAGAAUUCUGACAGCGAUGAUGACUUUGUUUCUGCAACUGCACCUUUAAAUAAGAAACCCAGAACAACACCAAAGGAGUUGAAACUAGAAACACGGAAACCCAAGCUGAAGAAUCUCCAGAAAGAAGAUGUCCCACUACAAGAGAAAACACCUAAAAAAAGGAUGGCUUUAGAUGACAAGCUCUACCAGCGAGACUUAGAAGUCGCACUAGCUUUAUCAGUGAAGGAACUUCCAACAGUCACCACUGAUGUAGAAGAGGCUCAAGAUAAAAGCACUGAAAAAUGUGGCAGCAGCGGAAUCAGAACAGUGACUAAGUCUCCCCAUAUCUCCAAUUGCAGUGUGGCCAGUGAUUAUUUAGAUUUGGAUAAGAUUACUGAGGAAGAUGAUUUGCACGGUGCUCAAGGGAAAAGAAAAGCAGCAUCAAAAGCUGCGGUACAACAGAGGAAGAUUCUUUUGGAAGGCAGUGAUGGCGACAGUGCUAAUGACUCUGAACCAGACUCUGCAACUGGUGAAGAGUCUGAGGACGACUCUGAUUUUAGUGAGAGUGAAGACGAUGACGAAGACUUCACCAUGGGGAAAAAUAAAGCGAAAGAAAUUAAAAAGAAAGAAGUGAAGGUAAAAUCCCCAGUUGAGAAAAAAGAGAAGAAGCCUAAAUCCAGAUGUGAUACUUUGGAAGUGACUUCAAGAGACUCUGCUCCAGCUGCUGUGAAAUCAGAAUCUCAGCCUUCACCAAAAAAGGUUUCUCUUUCUUCAGAGGCCACUAGGAAACCAUUACAAAUACGCAGUCCUUCAACUGAAGGCAGAAAACCUAAGUGGGUCCCACCAGCGACAUCUGGAAGCAGCAACAGCAACAGGAGCCCACUGGCAGGGGUGUCUGUUAAGUCUCCAAAUCAGAGUCUCCGCCUUGGCUUGUCCAGAUUAGCACGAGUUAAACCUUUGCAUCCAAACGCAGCUCAUAGCUGAGUGUGGCAGGAAACAAAUGUUUGAUUAAGAGAAUCAGGGUUUUACAAUGUGUUUCUAUUUAAGGAGGGUGUUUCAUAAUAUAAAGGAAUCCUUUCAUGUCAUGUGAAUUGCCUCUGCCUAUUUUGUGAAGAUGUUCUUCUGAAGCUGUUCAAGACUUCAAGAAGAAAAUUGUUUAUAAGAAUUAUCUUGUGGUGUUAUUUCCUCCUGAAGAAUGUAUUCUCUUUUUCCGGUGUUUAUAAUAAGGCAUUGUCAUUAAGUGACUGUCCCUUCGACAAGGAGGAAAUCCAUGUUGCAUACUGCUCUUUUCUACUAAAAUGAUGUUGCUUUCUAGCUUUGUCUAAUUUAUGGCACCUUAAGCUUCACUGUUGAGAAUUUAUCUGGCGAAAGGAAACAUUCCCAUUUUUCCCAGGAGACAUUUCUGAAAUCUUGAGUUACAUGAUCAGUUUUACUGCAAAGAUGUUUCAUAUUUUAGCCAAUAUUUUUAUAGUAAGAAUUCAGAAUUAUUUUACACGUUAAAAUGUGUAAUGUGGCAUAUGUCUCCUACUCAGAAGUAGAUGUUUAUUGUAUAGCUACUAGAAUUUCAUGAGAUUUUAUGAAGCUCUCAUUGUCAAAACCUGUAAUAAAAGUGGAAGAGUCUCGGUGUGCUCUUUUCCUUGAUACCGUUACAUCUGUCUAUCUCUGAUUGUCUACAUUUCAUGAUUAAAUGAAUGUUUUGCGCAAAAAAAAAAGUUAAGUCUUUUUGUUGUAACUAUAAGGUGGGGGGAGCUGUUUCUUAGAAUUACCACUUCAUGUUAAGCCAGUGCUUUAGAGGGUGGCCAAGUAAUUAGUCAUCCCUAUUAUGAUACAUCUAUAUGAUAGAUGAUAUAGCUCUUCAGGAAGCUUAGAUGUGAAUUUGUUAUAAAUAAAAAUAGUUAUAGAUAUUUUACAUUUAAUGGUGAGAAUUUCAACCAGCUCCUGAUCACUGUUUAAUAAAGACUCUUCAAAUCAUGUUGAUGAUUAGGGGCACCUGGAUGGCUCAGAUGGUUAAGCAUCUGAAUAUCAGUUUCAGUUCAGUCAUGAUCUCAGGGUCAUGGGAUUGAGCUCUGCCCUGAGCAUGGAAUCUCUUGAGAUUCUUUCCCUCUCCCUCCACCUCUGCUCCUCCCCUUCAAGUUCUCUCUUUCUUUCUCUUGCUCUCUCUCAAAUGGAUAAAUAAAUAAAACCUUUAAAAUCAUGCUAACCAUUAAAACAUAUAAUAUUAUUAGUUGUUUUUUCCUUGGUUUAUAAAAAAUCUGUUAAUGUGAAAAUAAGGAAUUUAGGAUUAUAAUUAAAGUGAGCAUUUGCAGGGGCACGUGCAUGCCUCAGUCAACAUCUGCCUUUGGCUCAGGUCAUGAUCUCAGGGUCCUGGGAUCGAGCUCUUUGUUGGAAAUCCAUGUGCAGCAGAGAGUCUGCUUCUCCCUCUCCCUCUGCCCCUCCCCCCUGCUCAUGCUCUGUUUUUCUCUCAAAUAAAUAAAAAAUCUUAAAUAAAGCGAGCAUUUGCUUAUUA